AUGGGUAUGCAUUCACAGAAUUAUCAUCUCAUUGUCUUGGGAGCACUCGGAGUUGUUUUAGUCGUUAUAAGUAUGAGAAGGGUAGGCAUGGCAAAGGCACGUGGAGAUAUUUUAGCAGCCAUUGAUUGGCUCAAUAAAUAUCUUGAGAUAUUCAUGGCAGAUCAUGAUGCGUGGAGAGAACUUGCUAAAGUAUAUGUUUCAUUGUAUAAACAAGCAGGUUUCUGCUAUGAGGAGCUGAUCUUAUCUCCACCAAUCAUUCCUAUACAUCAUCUCGCUUAUGCUGAUAAAACCAGAUUCCCCAAAAGAUCAAGCAAGAGUGAAUGUUCAAGGAACAAAUGAUACUCCAAAGAAGCCAAAACAGUCUAACCCUAAACAGUCACGAUGCUAAAAAGUGAAUGGGGUGACCGGUAGCUGCUGGGGAUGCCCAAGUACAUGACUAUGCACCAAUGUUUUCUUAAACAACUAUAAUGAAACAAUACAUUUCUGCAGAUGAAUAUGCGGCAACCAUUAAUGGACCCAUACGAGAGACCAAGAAGAUGAGACAAAACAGAGCAUUAUUGUGGAUAUCAUGUAUCCCAUAGAACGAAAUCUUGUUGCCUGUCAUCAGCUUAAUUGGGAGGUCGAUGAACUUGAGGUUCAUGCUUCUCUGAUAUGGAUUGAAUAAGGUGGACACAGUCUAUGUUACUCUCUAGAAACCACAAAACCACCAAUCUGUUUAAGUGGUGGAUGAGAAGAGACUAAGAACUUUUAUAAGUGAGGGUCCUAUAUGUGAAAGGAAAUUUGCGCAAUGUUUUUGUAGCAGAGGGUGCUCCAAGGUAUGAAGGACAUAUUCUUGCAAAUGAGUUGAUUAGUAGGGGACUACAAACAACAGUAUUCACCACAUAACACAGAUAACAAGGAAAUGGAGACUUUACGUUCAGAAAGUAGUCGUUGGUAGAACCACAUGUACAAACGACUGGCAGCAUGUAAAAAUGCACCAGAAAGAAGCAAGGCGAAGAGGGUUAUGAAAUUGUAAUAUGAAACAGUGUUUUAAAUUCCUGCAGGUGUUGGAAAGGUAACAAAUUAUUGAUUUACCCUUUUCACUUCUGGAUAUGGACCCCUGGAUGUUGGGACAAGACUUAAUGUUGCAUAAGGAUCAUCUUGGUAACAAAUGAAGGAUGUGAUUUCUCUCUUUCGUGACAUGAUUUUUUUUGCUUCUCUGGGUAAAACAUCUUUGAAAAAAAUAUAAUUAUUAUAGCAUUGUACUUUUUAACUUUCUUUUUCAAGAUGUUAUAUAAAAUUUUCAAGAACAUUUACGCAAACUUGAUCCAACCUGGCGCCGUUGAUGCAGGAAUCAAAAUGCAAUGGUACCUGUGAACAUCACGGCGGCGUUCCAAUUCCUGUAACCGACUCCACGACCAUCUGUUAAGAUUUAUGGAGUCUUGAACAAAUUGACAAGUUCCUAAGAUUUCAAGGGUCAUAAAUGUAACAUUACAUUUAACAAUUGAAUUAUUCAAUUGUUGUCGGCAAACGUUUGAAUUAAAUAUUCAAAUGGUCGGUGGACAAUUAUUUAAUAUUUGUUGGACGGCUAAUGUGAAUGGCAAAAUUUUCAAAGUCAAUCUUUGUGGCAAUCCUGUGCAUAUUGCGG